AUGCCCUGUGCCGGACGCUCAGUGUGGCCAGAUGGCCCAGACCUUGGGUCUCAGGUCUCAUGUGACUUCCGGAUAUCUCCGGAAGUUUUCGAUGUAUUGUGGCCACUGUGGGAAGAUGAGAAGUUAACUUCCUUCUCAUCUCUGACCCACAGUAGGAUUGUGCCCUGGAUAGGGCUGGCCAGACCUGAGGCUGUGGGCCCUAGGGGAGGGUCAUGGGGACCUGGGAGUCGUCCCCUGACAAUUACCCCCUCAGCUCCUGGUGGUUACUGGCAUCUGCCCAAAUGCAACAAUAAGCUGAAGGAAUUUAGGAGUGAGAUGGAUGCACUCAUCAUUGGCCUGAAGUCUGCUGUCACUGCAGAUGAUCACCAGCAAUGGUUGAUCUCCACAAGUGAAUAUGUCGAUGCUAUCAUUUGGAUCAUGCAUUGCCAGGCUCUGUGGAAUUAUGGGGACAAUCAUCAUGGGUUUAGAGUGGCGUUCAAGUGGCUGGAUACUGUACAUGCACAAUGGAUUGCGAUUCCGAUGCAGCCCUUAUAUGUGCUUGCCUGUGAACGAUACAUUAAGUCACUACCUUCGGAAUCCAUUGCUCCCCCAGCUCCCCCAACCCUCUCCACUCUCCAAAACCCUCUCUCUCCCCCUCCUCCACUUGGGUUUUUCUCCCAACCCACACCUUCGACUGUGCCAAUGCCUGAUCCCCAACCUGUCGAUUUGGAGAUGCCUUCUGUGUCAUAUCUGUACAUACCCAAUCCCGACCCGACUCCCAGACACCCAUCUUCAUCACCUCUGGAGUCCUACCCUAUCUCCAUCUGCUCUGAUAUUCACCUUCAGACUGAACAUCACUCCUCUCACCACCCUCCUCUUCUUACUCACUCCUCAUGUCACCUCCACCCUUCCGUCACUCUCCUACCCUACCUCCGUCCACUCCGAUACUCACCUUUGGACCUAACACCAAUCCUCCUCCAAUCCUCUCCCCACUCCUCUCAUCACUCUCCUCCCUCCUCCCCUCUUCCACCAAACCUCUGCCAAGUUUCAACCUUCUGCCACAUUCCCAUACUGUUAGAACGUGCGGAUUCGGACGACUCCGGAAUGGAAUUGGAGACUUAG